CUACCUUUCACGAGAAAUGCGACCCAGCUGGUGAUUUAAAGAGUGACUCUGUGAGGUCUCUAAAGGUUUUUUGAUGGAUCGUGUUGAUUCUGAGGCGUUAUGCUGAAUGGAUUGUGUGGAAUGCGCAAAGCAUUUGCCACUCUUCUGCGGUUUUACAUUUCUUGCCACAAAAUCUGUCACGGCUUCGUCGUAAGACUUAGGCUGGGCUAAAUGCGUUCAUGGGGCUCUUUGCAGUAGUGCAACAAGUUCGCAGAGGGCUAGUACAAGCCGUGAAACCAGUCGCCGUUCACACCGUCUUUCAGUGCAUGUGCGCGAACCGCCCCAAGACAAAUUGAAAUAAUAUAAGACUCGGUCAUUCUCAUCCCGGCAGUACUGGUGAUAGCACAUAGUAUACGGUUGAGAGUGAGUCAUGAGUGAUUUAGGAGCAAAUAAGGAUUCCCAAAACGCGGGGAAAAUGGAGAACGAAACCGAUCAUGGCAAGCGACGCCACUGUCUUCGAGCUACAGUGGAUGUGAUGCCUUUUGUGUUUUCUCUUGUGUCCUUCGCCUUUUGCUUUUUACUGAGUGUUCAGACCAGUGAUAUGCGGGACAGAAUCGUGGAUCUGGAGAUUGGAAGUGGCGCGGGGGUCUUAAACCCGUUUCAUGGGAUCUCUGUGGAUCAAUUUAAUUCAAUGAUCCAGGAGCGAGUGGACGAGCUGCUGUCACAGCGUUCCUAUGAACACUUGGUUAGAAUAAGGACUGCCCGUCAAGUCUCAUCACCCGAAUGCAACUGCCCACCAGGUCCACCUGGCAAAAGGGGAAGAAGAGGACGCAAUGGAGACUCUGGUGAGUGUGGUCCACCUGGCCCAAAAGGUGACAAGGGGGAUCAAGGAGACCAGGGACCAAGGGGACUUCCUAGUCUGCCCACUCUGGCUGCAUUACACAGCAAUCAAAUCCUGACUGUGAAGAUGGUCUUCCCUAAGAUAAACCAUGGCUUUCUUUCUGCUGAUCAGCAACUCAUUAAACGUCGACUCAUUAAGGGUGACCAGGGUCAAGCAGGGCCCCCAGGGCCUCCUGGACCUCCAGGCCCCCCAGGCCCCAGGGGACCACCAGGGGACACAGGAAAAGAUGGUCCUCGGGGAGUACCAGGGCUCCCUGGAGACCCUGGAAUGCCAGGAGAUAUUGGUCAAAGGGGACCUGAGGGCCCUCCAGGACAUAAGGGUUCCAUUGGGCCACCUGGUAUUCCAGGUAUCGAUGGAAUGAAGGGAGACAGAGGUGAACGGGGUGAAAAGGGAGACAUGGGAGAGGAGGGGCCAAAAGGUGACACUGGAGAGAAGGGUGAUGCUGGAUCAUCUGCUGCUGGAAUCAAGGGUGAGCCUGGCGAGCCAGGGCGCGGAGGACAAAAGGGUGAGCCAGGACUUCCAGGGCUGCCUGGACUCCCCGGGAUUAAGGGUGAACCUGGAUUCUUUGGGCCUCAAGGUGAGCCUGGGCUUCCAGGCCUGCCAGGAACUAAGGGAGAGAGAGGAGAACAAGGACCGCCUGGCAAGGGUGAACGUGGUGAGACAGGUCCAGCAGGACACAAGGGAGAGCAGGGGGAACCAGGAGCACCAGGCCUGAAAGGUUCAAAGGGAGAUUUAGGAGACAAAGGUGAUGCAGGCCCAACAGGAUCACAAGGGCCACCUGGGGAGAAAGGUGACCAGGGUACAACUGAAAUCAUAGACUACAAUGGAAACAUCAAAGAGGCUCUUCAGAAGAUAACUACUAUUACAGUUACGGGUCCCCCUGGGCCUCCUGGACCAAUUGGACCAAAGGGGAUGAAGGGUGAUCAGGGUGUUCCUGGACUUCCUGGCCUGGAUGGUGAAAGGGGUCACAAAGGUUCAAAGGGGGACAUGGGAAUCCCUGGAAUAUCAGGAGUAAAGGGAUCAAUGGGUCUGCCUGGAUUACAGGGUGUGAAUGGUCUGAAAGGAGAUAAAGGUGACACUGGCUUGCCAGGCCCUCAGGGACCCUCGAUUAUUGGGCCCCCUGGAGCACCUGGUCCACAUGGACCACCUGGCCCUAUGGGUCCUCAUGGAUUCACUGGGCCAAAGGGGGAACCUGGGUUGCACGGUCUCAAGGGACUGCGAGGGGAACCUGGGCAUAAGGGUGACAGAGGACCCCUGGGUCUCCCAGGUAUGGAUGGACCAAUAGGGACUCCUGGUCCAGCAGGUCCGAAGGGCGAUAGAGGUGAGAAGGGUGAUGUUGGUGAUCCUGGACCCAGAGGGCCAUAUGGGUUACCUGGAGCUGCUGGAACACCUGGAAUGGAUGGGGAGAAGGGAAAGAAAGGCAAAAAGGGGCCUAAGGGGGAGAAAGGAGAACAGGGUGCCCCCGGAUUAGAUGCACCCUGCCCACUGGGUCCAGAUGGACUUCCAAUGCCUGGAUGUUGGCAGAAGUGAUCAGUCUAACACAAAACGCAUGGAGUUUCUAAAUAAGGCUUCGCUUUUUUGUAAAUACUUUUUUUUAUUCUGGGAAAAGAACAUCAUGAAGCUUUCGCAUAGCAUUAUGAAGCUUUGGCAUAGUUCUUUUUAUUUCAGUGUGAUCACGGCAACGUGUUAUAUUCACAUUAGCACUGUGGAAUUUAAAGUCUUGACCAGUAAGAGACUAUUCACAAUGGUGUUUUUUCCCUGAUUUGCAUGGCCAAGAAUGAGAAUGGAUACCAAAACAGACUAACAAGGUUAACUGAAAAGAAGAAGGAAGAGGCGACUGAGGGAUCGGCUUUGGGUCUUUUGGUCACACCAGUCCAUAUUAUCAGCUUAAAAGACUAAAGACUCCAUCCACACACCCAAAACAAGCAUGUACAUAUCACUUUGUAGUGUGGUCAAAGUAUAUGGCUUCUGGAAAUCACUAACUACCUGUCAGUCUUUGUUGAUUCAAAACAAAAAUUGGUUACUCUAGAGGGUGUUAAUUUUUCUUUUUCACUUUAUGAAGGGUGUCACGCCUUGGCUGGUGGCCUGAGAAAGUAAGAAUUGUGAUUGCUGGAUUUCUUUAUUGCAAAGAGGUCAGUGUGGCAUCUGGCCCUCCUGUGCCUCGGGGUUGCUGUUGUGUAACUCUCACCUUGUAAUGAGAGUGACAACUUAAAGACUCAAAUUAUGGAACUAGCAGGAUUAAAGAUGCAUCCACCAUCUGUGGCCAUUUGAGAGUAAGCAGGCAACUGAAACUCAGAAAUCUUUAUUAUUGGAUGGUGUAUGUGAUGCAUGCAAAGUUGCUACAUCAAUCCAAUCUGCAAACUUUAUCUUGUUUAUUCUUCAGUGGGGUUAUUGUUUGUAGCAGUGAGCUACGCAGUAUGAUCUACAGCAGAAUGUGAUCUUUUUCAUUGUGACCCUUUGCCAUAUUUUUUAUUAUUAUUAAUAUUUUUUUUGCUGAUUUUGUGUAUUAGCCUUUGUGCCUAAAGUCAUUUGUUAUUCAUAAAAAAUGUUUUGGAAAUGGUUACUAUAUGCUAUGAGUUGUAAAUAUGACAUGUUAGUGCAUUAUUUUGCAGCUAAAGUUAAAAUGCCUGUUUAUGUAUUGUUGGAGCUGAAAGUUUUACAUUCUUAAAGACUUUCAUAGGGUGUCAAAGGGAAAUGUAAAAAAUGGGACAUACUGUGGUUUUGUGGUAUUGCCAUUCUGAGUAACCAUACAAACAGCAUUCUAAAGCAAUCAGUAUCAGUAAUAAGCAUCAAAUACAGUGUUCAUGUACAGAACAAUGUGCACACAUAUAGCAGUCAUUGGGAGCCUUUAUCCUAAAUUAGCAGUGAUCAUCAUCAGCCAGCACUGCUACAUUCCAGAGUGCAAACUUGCAUAAUUUUGUAGAAUUCUUUUUUUUUUUUUUUAACAGCUUUAAAACCAUUUUGACUAUUACUUUUAACUUUCUUAACAAGCUUCAAACACCAUAUACAUUAAAACAUAUACAGUAUGUUCACAGCACUGCCGGUGUUAUAAUGUGUUUUCUGGCUGGAGGUGACAGGAUUAUGGUCCUGAUUUUCUCAACCUCUAAUGGGCAUUUAAGAUCAUAAGAACGUAGUUUUACUGGAAGUAGUUUUUUAUGUAUUGAAUUUAAUAGUUAUUCAUAAGGAAGGGUAAGUGAUUUAUUUCUUAGUGGAUUCUUUUCUUUUUACCCUAGCUGCUACU